GAGUCUCGUGAUCCGUGAAAGACAUUCUCAGUUUUCGCUCGAACACUUCGUUUGACAUAAAAGGUGGGUCUGUGUAAAAUAUGUAUUCUCAAAUUAGUAAAGAAGACGCCGUAAAGAAAGUAAUUAUGAACAAUCAACAACAGUCAACUGUGCACGAUGCUGCAGCGUUAGGUGAACUAGCUCAUCGUGAAUAUCAAUCUGGUGAUUACGAAAAUGCUGAAAGACACUGCAUGCAGUUAUGGCAACAAGAACCAGAUAAUACCGGAGUUCUACUUCUUCUCAGCUCAAUCCAUUUCCAAUGUCGAAGACUAGAUAAAUCUGCAUACUUUUCGAAACAUGCAAUAAAAACCAACCCAAUGUUGGCUGAAGCUUACUCAAAUCUGGGUAACGUUUAUAAAGAACGCGGACAAUUGCAAGAAGCUUUGGAUCAUUACAGACAUGCUGUGAGGUUGAAACCAGAUUUCAUUGAUGGUUACAUCAACUUGGCAGCUGCGUUAGUCACUGCUGGUGAUCUAGAAGGAGCUGUUCAUGCUUACUUCUCCGCUUUACAAAUUAACCCUGAACUGUAUUGUGUCAGGAGUGACUUAGGAAAUCUACUCAAAGCUUUAGGCCGUUUAGAAGAAGCAAAGGCGUGUUACCUAAAAGCCAUUGAAACACAAACCAAUUUUGCCGUUGCUUGGAGCAAUCUUGGCUGUGUUUUCAACAGUCAAGGUGAAAUAUGGUUGGCAAUUCAUCAUUUUGAAAAGGCUGUGAAAUUGGAUCCCAAUUUUCUGGAUGCUUACAUCAAUCUUGGCAAUGUGCUAAAAGAAGCAAGAAUAUUUGACAGAGCCGUCGCUGCUUACUUGCGAGCAUUAAAUUUGUCACCAAACCAUGCUGUUGUCCAUGGCAACCUUGCUUGUGUUUAUUAUGAACAAGGACUGGUUGACCUGGCAAUUGACACGUACAAGCGAGCAAUUGAGCUACAACCCCACUUUCCAGAUGCAUAUUGUAACCUUGCUAAUGCUCUCAAAGAAAAAGGUAAAGUUGGUGAUGCAGAGGAAUGUUAUAACAAGGCAUUACGUUUAUGCCCAACACAUGCUGAUUCACUCAACAAUCUUGCCAACAUUAAACGGGAACAAGGUCUUAUUGAAGAGGCAAUCGCGUUGUACAGCAAAGCACUUGAGGUAUUUCCUGAGUUUGCUGCAGCUCAUUCCAACCUUGCUAGUGUUCUACAACAACAAGGAAAGCUACAAGAAGCUUUGUUACAUUAUAAAGAAGCAAUUCGAAUCAGCCCAACUUUUGCAGAUGCUUAUUCUAACAUGGGCAACACAUUAAAGGAAAUGCAAGAUGUACAAGGGGCUAUUCAGUGUUACACACGUGCGAUCCAAAUCAACCCAGCGUUUGCCGAUGCACAUAGCAACCUUGCAUCUGUACAUAAGGACAGUGGAAGCAUUCCUGCUGCCAUACAAUCCUACAGAACUGCUCUUAAACUCAAGCCAGACUUUCCUGAUGCUUAUUGUAAUCUUGCACACUGUCUGCAGAUAAUAUGUGAUUGGAGUGAUUAUGAUGAAAGAAUGAAGAAGUUGGUUUCCAUUGUAUCCGAUCAAUUAUCAAAGAAUCGUCUUCCAUCAGUCCAUCCACAUCACUCCAUGUUGUAUCCACUCACACAUGACUUCAGGAAGGCUAUUGCUGCUAGACAUGGAGCUCUUUGUCUUGACAAGAUCAACAUCCUUCAUAAACCAGCAUACGAUCAUCCUCGCUCUCUUGCACCCACUAAUGGCAAGCUCCGCAUCGGAUAUGUAAGUUCGGACUUUGGCAACCAUCCCACCUCCCAUCUCAUGCAGAGCAUUCCUGGUGUUCAUGAUCUAUCUAAAGUUGAGGUCUUCUGCUAUGCACUCAGCCCAGAUGACAACACAAACUUCAGGAAAAAGGUUUCCAAUGAAGUCGCAAACUUUGUGGAUUUAUCGCAAAUCCAAUGUAAUGGAAAGGCAGCGGAUCGUAUUCAUCAAGAUGGGAUUCACAUCCUGCUUAAUAUGAAUGGUUAUACCAAGGGUGCAAGGAAUGAGUUGUUCUCACUUAGACCCGCACCCAUCCAAGCAAUGUGGUUGGGUUACCCUGGUACAAGUGGCGCAACAUUCAUGGAUUACAUCAUAUCUGAUGCUGUGACAUCACCAUUAGAACUCCGUGAUCAAUACAGUGAAAAGCUUGCAUAUAUGCCGAACACUUUCUUUAUUGGAGAUCAUGCACAGAUGUUUCCCCAUCUUAAGGAGAAAGCAGUGAUAGAUGUGAAGGGAGCUGGUGAUGGUGACGUCAGUGAUAAUUGUUGUGUGCUUAACUCAACUGAUAUGAAGGACACACUUGAUUGGUUUGGGGGAAUCUCUUAUUUGAGUUCAAAAGUCAAAGAUGAAGAAGAUAAAGAGGUUGUUACACCAGUUGUUCCUCUCAACAAAUCUGCACAUAACAUAUGCAGUAUGAUUAAGAACAGUCAACUUACUGUGCAACUUGAUGAGUCACACACUGCACAGAAUGGAUUGGCACUUGUACAGAUUGAUGCAAAAGCAGCCACCGGUGAGAAACCACCAAGUGGUAUAAUUGUGUCGAGCAGAUCACAAUAUCGACUUCCAAACAAUGCCAUUGUGUUUUGUAACUUCAACCAGUUGUACAAGAUUGAUCCUAGCACACUCAUCAUGUGGUGUAAUAUAUUGAAGAGAGUUCCCAACAGUGUGUUGUGGCUUCUACGUUUCCCUGCAGUUGGUGAAGCUAAUGUGAAGAAGUUUGCACGGCAGACUUGUGGUAUCAAUGCUAACAGGAUUAUAUUUUCACCUGUUGCACCCAAGGAAGAACAUGUAAGACGAGGUCAACUAGCGGAUAUAUGUCUUGAUACACCUUUGUGUAAUGGUCAUACUACAGCAAUGGAUGUUUUAUGGGCUGGUUGUCCCAUGGUCACUUUACCCAAAGAAACUUUAGCGAGUCGUGUUGCCUCCUCGCAACUUGCAUGUCUUGGAUGUCCGGAACUUAUUGCUGAGAAUUCACAACAAUAUGAGGAUAUUGCUGUAAGACUGGGCACCGAUAUGGAUUAUUUAAAAUCUGUGCGUGCAAAAGUGUGGCACAGACGAAGCACCAGUCCCCUGUUUAAUGUUAAACGUUAUGUGUCCGACCUGGAGAAACUUCUAUUUAAGAUGUGGCGCAAAUAUGAGAAUGGUGAAGACCCCAACCAUAUAAGCGAGUAGAGGGUUGGAACUUAAAAAACGUGAACGCGAAUGACGCGUGACGCUUAUCACGCGAUGAUGUACAUUUUCACACUUCGUGUACAGGCCGCUGUUUUGUCGCACGGUGGCGUAAGAGCGCUCCGAGCGGUCUCAAUCGGAGCAACACAGCGCAAACUUUCUUAUUUUAAUCAGUUUUACAUUCUAUGUGCAACACCCAUCAACGAAUUGCGAUGCAUGCCAAUAUUUGGUGUCUUUCGUUUUGGUGAAAAUAAAACAAUGACGUCAGCUGAGCUUUACUUACGUGCCCAUAUUUAAUAGUUGGUGUGACUUCCACUGGAGUCCCAAGUUGUAUUAGAAUAAUUUACACUGAAUAAAUUUGCUGCGAAUGUA